AUGAUUUCGAACAUCUCAUUGUCUGCAAAGGACGAUCUAAACAAGGUCCCUUUCAUCAAGAGAAGUGUUUUGAGUCUUCAGGAAUCUCACGAACGUGCAAAGAGGAAUAACGCUGAUUCUAAGACUUUGAGAGGAUGGACCCACAAGAUUCACAAGGCUAGGAAGCGAGAUGGCGCGGAAUCGAAGAAGGGGACAUUAUCUGACGAUCUUGAUGUAUCGUUUAAUGAUGUCAAAAGAAUGUCUGUGGAAGAGAGAGCAGCUCACAAGGAAAGGGUUCGUGCCACGGGAGUUGUUCAGAAAGGGACUGUCUACAAAGUGAAAGAGAGAUGGAAAGGAAAAGGAAUAGCAGACGCACCCGCGGAGCCUAAGCAAAAGGCCAGCAUAUCUCCUCCUCUCCCUGCUACCUUUCCCGCUGGCGGUAGCUGGCAACUCGGUGGUGGUACCUUCCAGACAGACAGUAGCAGAGGUCGGAAAUCAGGUGUUUUCAACACGCUCCCAGCAAAAACAGGCCAUAGUGCCGGUGCAAGAGAAUCAUCGCCAAUGGUCGGUAGCCAGAAGACUGACAGCACAAAAGCUGCUAAAAGGGCGAAAGAAGAUGCUGCUAAGCAAGCUAAGAGGGCAAAGCAGGAGGCAAAGGAUGCUGCCAAGAGAGAGAAAGAAGUCGCCAAAAAGCAGAAAAAAGCAGCUGAAAUAUCAAAGAAGAACACAACGCCCGGUAAAUCCAUUGCCCCGAAGCCAAAGCCACCCCCAAAGCCUCCGGGUCCGUCUGCAGGCGGGAAGGCGCAGGUAAUGCAUCUUGCAGACCCUUAG